CAGCAACUCCCCACUGUGUGAUUCUCUUUUAGUUUAAUAAAUAAUAAUACCCUGCCAGAACGAUAAAUACUCUACCCCAGUAUGGAUAAGUCACUUCUGGUGUUGGCAGCAUUGGUAACCUCUGGUUUUGCAGCAAGUAUUAGUUCGCGUAGCUUAGACAAUGAUUUAAGAGAGAUAUAUAAUCUUAUUCCGAAGCAAAAAUAUUUGGAAAUGGCAAAACGUUAUUUAAGAGAUGAUCCAGAUUUUGCAAAUGCUGUAGCUUUCUUGCAAGGUGACGAAUGGAACGAAUUAAUUAAAUCAUUACUAGCUCAGGAAGAAAUCCAACAACUGAUACAAUUCCUGGAAGAAUCCAAUUUACCUGUAAAGAAGUACAUGUUGCGUAUAAAGGAAAAAUUAGACAAGGCUGACACAAGCAAAGCGGAUAGAAAAUCGAAGGGAACUUUCAAAAGGUUUUUGAAAGAAGCAAUUCCCUUGUUUCCAUAUGAGGAUCUUGUUGCAGCUAUAAAGAAAAAAAUAGCGUCUAGUCCUGAAUUCCGUCAGUUAUAUACGAAGCUGUCAAGUAACGAGGCUGGUCUUCUUGUUGAGAGAGUUGUACGUCUUCCAGAAACAAGCAAGUUGCUUGCUUAUAUCGCGGAACUUGGAUUAAUUGUCGAUUUAGAGGGCAAACCAAAAUUAGAGGAUCUGAAAAAGGAACAGGAUUGAAUUUCGUAAUUUCAGGUUUAGUAUUAAGAACGUAGUAAUCAAAAGCAGAUUUUGGGCUUCAAAGUAAAAGCCAGUGGAGCAAAAAUACCAACUCAUCUACGCCUUUUUGAAUAAUACAUUUUUUGUACUUAAAAUAGGUAAAAUAAUAUACUAAUUUUAUAAAGUG